AUGGUGUCAGACCCGAAAGGCAACACGCCUCUGCACAAAGCGGCCGAACAUGGGAGUAUGCUUACAGUUUUGAUGCUCUUGGAUCGGAUGCAGGCGCACGACCGCUGGACCUGCUCCGCGGAGCCCAACGCGGACGGCGAGACGCCGGAGAUGCUGGCGGCGCUGGCCAACCGCGGGGAGAUUUGCCACACCUUGGAGGUCUUCCGGCAGAUGCAGACAGAUGCCAAACAGCGGCAACUGGGUUCUGCUCUGCAGGCCCCCGACACCUCAGGCCAUCGGAUCUCCACAGGCGACGCGGUGUCGUUGAUCGAUCUCAGCAUGGACGCGCCCGAGGCUGUGGUGGCCCAUGCUGGUGUUUUGUUGCGACAGUCCAGUAUCGGCUCCGUCCUGGUUCCGAACCUCUUUCAGCGCAUCCCAGAGGAGCAGGCAGAUCUGGCUGCCCUUGUGGAGAGGGUCUGCGCGGGCCUCAAAGGAGCAGAAGCCUUUUUGCUGCGUCAUCCCUGGGAUCCGGGGGACCCGGGCCUUGACCCCGCUCUCAAGAGCUUCGUGCAUUCCGCGCUGCUGCGGAGCCAAUGGCAGAAGCUCCGCCAAGAGGCCUUGGUGGCCAAAGGUGCCACAGAGGAUCUGGAGGAGUUUUGGCAGACACACCUCAGUGCGGAUGCCAUGGCCGUCACGAUCCGCAAUGCAGUGGGCGACACCUUUCAGCUGUUGCUCACGGCCCUAUGGCUCUACACGCGUGAGGCUUGGCUAAGGCACUUGAUGGAUGCGUUGGCCAGCGCUUUGCAGAGCAUGCCACAAGCAGAGGCGGUCUCCACCCCUGCGGCGGGUGCCGGCGCCACCGGCUCCACGCCUGAGUGCAGCGCAGCCCUGGGUCAGCUGGCGCCGAUGGUGGAGAACCUGGCACCGUGUAUGCAGCUGGUGCAAGCGGCGCUUUGUUGGUUUGAAGAGGCCAACAUUCACCACACCGCCGUCACGUACAGGCCCUUGCAGUUGCCCAUGCUGGGGCUUCAAAAGCUGGUCGACAGGUACGUGGCCCAGCGGAAGUUGGAAGCCAAGGAGGAGAAUGGACGCUUGGAGCAGGCGUUUUGGCUCUCCUUGGGGGGCGGCUCCUUCUUUAGCGCCCUCUCUUCCAGACACAUGGCGAUCGCUCGCCUGGCGAAGUCGCGCUGCAACGUGCUGCUCAUCGUCAGGCCAGAUGAGAAGUGUCCCAGCUUCCCAAAACACAUGUCCUUGCGUGGACACAAUGUGGAUGACUCACUCUUUCCACUGGAGAGCAUCUUCCGCAUCGGCCGCAUCACCCGCACCGUGAGCAGCGAGCUGGACGUGGAUGGCACCUCAGGGCUCUUCAAGGGCACCAGCUCGCGUUGGCCGGUCAUCGUGCUCGAGGUCUAUGCUGCGAACAUGUAUGCAGAGGUGAUGGAGGCCUUGCAGCUGCGAAAGCAAGUGAGCUUUGAGGAGCUGAACCAGAAGGUGGAGGAGUGGAUCGCUUCUGCUCCAGCGGAGCGCGAAGCAGAGCGCCUCUACUCUGCGGGGUUGCUCUUCUCUAAGAUUGGACGAGAGAAGGGAGGCGAGAACAGCGCGGCACAGACGGGUGAGCGGAAGACCUGGCAGGAGAAGGCGGCAGCCUUGCUGCUCCACGCGGCGCAGCUGGCACAGUCGGUGGGUCUCAUGGAGCUCGCAGCGCAGGCACUCCUGGCCAAGGUGCGACUGCCUGCCACAGACACCUCCCGAGCGGCCGACAGCCGUCAGGCCUUAAGCCUCUUGAAGGCCCACGUGGGCGAAGGACAUCCUCUCACCGGAAGCGCCAAAGAACUGGUCCAAGAGCUGUCAGACCAACUCCCUGAGUUGUCUGCUUGGGCUGAGCGUGAACGAAGGUGA